CAUCACAGGUAAGUGAGAGACUGACGUCAGGUCGGAUGAAAACGGCCGUAGAAUAAAUCUGCUCCUAUGCGCUACCGGAAUUCCUCGCUUUUUGAGGACUAUUCAUAGUAAGUAAGCAAAAAUCCAGGAUGGUGAUAAAAUGAUGGUUGGAAGGAGAGAGCAGUCUGUUGAAGGGAUCGUCCUCCUUCAACGCCAGACGGUGAAAUAACAAACUUCCACACAACACCCGGAAAUGGCGAGUGAUCGGGUGGCCAUCCUAACGGAUGACGAGGAGGACCAAAAGAGGAAAUAUGUUCUGUCUGAACCAUUUAACACUCUGUCCCUGGGGCAGGUUGCAAACACUACACCGUCCAGUCAAACAGCACUGUCUGCCCCCAACGACACACUCCCUUCCCAGCCCUCUCAGAGUAUGGACUGCAUGGAGAGGUGCUGUGUGCGAAUAGACAAUCAUCUCUUGAUUUCCAAGGUCUUCUACUUCUUCUUUUACUCCGCCUAUGGCUCUUUACACCCCCUGCUUGCUGUGUACUACAAGCAGCUGGGAAUGACACCCAGCCAAAGUGGCCUGCUAGUUGGGAUCCGUUAUUUUAUAGAGUUCUGCAGUGCACCUUUCUGGGGAGUAGUGGCGGACCGCUUCAAGAAAGGAAAGGCAUUGUUACUGUUUUCUGUACUCUGCUGGGUGGUCUUUAACUGCGGUAUUGGCUUUGUCAAGCCAGCUGCUAUGACCUGUGUCAGUAAGGACCCCGCUGUUGGGACACCAAACAAUUUUACAAACUAUACACAAACUGGUAACCAUACCAGACAACGAAGAUACCUGAUUGAGAAUAUAUACUCUGCUCCUCCGAUUUCUCAGCCAAUAUUAGAAGGAUAUAGACCUCACACUAGAUACAUUCGAAGUGCAAAUGUAAAUACCUCAGUCACUCCCCCUGGAAGCUCCACUGAGAAUCCUGUCGGCAUUUCUACUCCAUCUAACUCGACAACAGUGUCGCCUCGUACCUCGACACCUACGUCAAAAUCUACCUCGACAACAGAAACAAAAGCUACCACUGCCAAACUCAGAGAGAAUAUCAUAGUCUUUGAUAAGAAACAAGUAGAUACUAUAUUUCUCUUGAUCCUCUUGGUCAUUAUUUUUGGUGAGUUCUUCAGCGCCCCAGCUGUGACCAUUGUGGACACUGUCACUCUUCAGUACUUGGGCCAACACAGAGAUCGUUAUGGACUCCAGAGGAUGUGGGGAUCUCUGGGAUGGGGUGUCGCUAUGCUGUCAGUGGGCAUUUGGAUCGACCACACGCACAUCACGGUCUUCAUUCAGGGUUCGGGUUGUGUCCAGCCCGACUACAAGAACUACCAAAUUUCAUUCAUAGCAUUUGGAGUCCUGAUGACCGCAGCACUUAUUGUGGCAACACAGUUCCACUUUGACAACAGGGUUUAUCGGUCAGACGAAGAAGAGGACAAGAAGGAGGCUGUGAAAAUACCUCAAGUGAUUCAGGAGGUCUCGUCUCCAGAGUCCAGUUCAGAUGAUGCACCCGUGUGCCCAGAAAGCACCCCACAACAUUUUCCCUUCAGAGAUCUCUUCCGGAUCAUUUGUGGCGUCCGCUAUGGUACGGUUCUCUUUGUGGCCUGGUUCAUGGGGUUUGGUUACGGUUUCGUGUUCACCUUCCUCUACUGGCAUCUGGAGGACCUGAAGGGCACCCCCACUCUCUUUGGCAUCUGCUCGGUGCUCAGUCAUGUGUCUGAGCUGGCCGCUUAUUUCAUCAGCCACAAACUCAUUGAGCUUGUUGGACACAUCAGAGUCCUUUAUAUCGGACUGGCCUGCAACACUGCACGCUAUCUGUACAUCUCCUACCUGGAGAAUGCAUGGAUAGUUUUACCCAUGGAGGUGCUUCAAGGUUUGACACAUGCAUCCGUGUGGGCGGCAUGCAUCUCGUAUUUGAGCGCUGCUGUUCCUCCAGCUCUGCGCACGUCGGCUCAGGGGAUCCUGCAGGGGCUGCACCUGGGGCUGGGGAGAGGAUGUGGAGCCAUGCUGGGAGGAGUUUUUGUUAACUUCUUCGGUGCUGCAGAAACCUUCAGAGGCCUCGGUAUGGCCUCCCUGGUUACAUUACUCAUCUUCUCUCUGAUACAGUGGCUGUUAGGUCAGAACGAGGAUAAAAAGGGAUCAAUGUUGGCCGAGAACAUCCCAGUUCCCUCCAGCCCAGUCCCUAUCGCCACUAUUGACUUAGUCCAGGACCAGUCCGCAUCUCAGCCAAACCCCGAAUCAAAGUCGCCUCCUAAGAAAACCAGGCAUCAGGAAGAGCAAGAAAAUGUCAACAAGCCAGCCUGGGUGGUGUCUGCUUCCCCGUGGGUCACCAUCGCUUUCGCCCUCUAUCAGAUCAGAGAUAUGGUAGCUUUGUCAAAGAGCAACCCCUGUGGUGGAAGUCAAGCCCUGCAGGAGACAAAUGAGCAAACUUCAGCGCCGCCACCUGCUGAUGAUUCCACAUCAUCACAACCCGAUACAUUAAGUCCGGCAGAAUAUCUCUCACAAGGACCUACUACCAGUGCAUUUGUUCCUCAGAACACACACCCUGUCCCUCCUGUGGAAGAACCGCCUCCAUCCACAGGGAGAAAAGAACCAGUAGAAAACUCAACUCCAUUGCCAGGACAUUCCAAACAGCUGCUUCCAACAGCACAACCACAAUCAACAAUCAACUGAACGGCUUAGAUGACAGCUGAUGUUGGACCAAAAAUAUUAUAUUGGCCUACAGGUAUUCUACAUUAGACGAGGCAAUAGAAUCAAUAUGCUUUGCAUUUCCACAUUUGAUGUCAUGCAUUAGUUGCAAAGGGCUUGCAAGUCUUUGUACAGGGUCUGUGCCUAUAUGAGGAAAUCUGCAUACUUCUGAGUGAUUAAUUCUUAUAAUGUAACAGCUGAGGUGCUUCAGUAUAAUAAUCAUGGGACUUGCCAUUGCUAUAGAGAAGCAUAGUUGCUUUGCACUCUGUAUAAAAUGUUAUUUUGCUAUUCAUGCUUCCAUAUUUCUUGACCGAGUUUAAAUAUAAAACAUCUAUUCUGUAUUAAGUAAAAUGUUAAAGCCA